GGAUCCCUCCGCCCCUCAGCGCUCCGGCGCGGCCUCGGGCCCCGCGCAGCCCCAAAAUCUCCGGGAUUCGCCCCAAAAUCCCCGCGGGGCCCCCCCCGGGCCCCCCCCGGCCAUGCUGAAGCCGCCGCCGGCGCCGCCGCCCCCGCCCCCCCCCAGAACGGCCCCGAACGAGGCCCCGAGCCCCGGCGGGGGUGGGGGAGGGGCGGGGGAGGGGGCAGGGCCCGCGGGGGGGGGAGGGGCGGGGGGAGGGGGCGGCAGGGCCAACCCAGCGGGAAAAUCCCCGGUGUUCGAGGGCGUCUACGGGAACUCGCGGAUGCUGCACGUGCUGACGGCCGGCGUGGGCUCCACGGCCGAGGUUCGCGUUCGCAGCGGCCGAACCUUCGAGGGGAUCUUCAGAACCCUCAGCGCCCAGUUUGAGCUGGCCCUGGACGCCGUCCAUCGCCGCCCCUCCCCCGCCCCGGGGCCGCCGCCCCUCCCCCGCCGCGAGGAGCUGGUGGACACCAUGGUGUUCAAGCACCUGGACGUGGUGGUCAUCACCCUGAGGGACGUCACUUUUACCAAAAACGAGAAGCUGCCGGGCGGGGGCGCCCCCAGGCUGAACGGGGAGAAGGUUCUGGAACGUUGGGAGGGCCCCGACGGCAGCGACGACUACGAGCUGGACUCGGACCUGUCCAACGGGUGGGACGCGGCCGAGAUGUUCCGGUUCAACGAGGAGAAUUACGGGGUCCGGAGCACCUACGACUCCAGCCUGGCUGCCUACACGGUGCCCCUGGCCCGCGAGGACAGCGCGGCCUGGCGGCAGCGCCUGGCCCGAGCCGCCGCCCUGGCCCGGGAGAUCGAGGCCCUGCCCGGGCACCGCCUGCGGGCGGCGCUGGAGGACCAGGACAGCGAGGGGGGGCGGGGCCUGCGCCAGGCCACGCCCCCGCCGCCAGCGGCCGCGCCCGCCCCCGGCCACGCCCACCCGGGAUCGGGCAGGGAGAGCCCGGCAGGGCACAGGGAGAAGCCGCCGCCCCUCCCCCCGCAGAGGGGGCGGGGCCUGGGGGGGUCCCCGCGCUGCUCCCCCCGCGCUGGGGGUGGGGCGGGGGCGGGGCCGAGGCCGGGGGGAGGGGCUGCGCUGGCCCCGCCCCUUCCACACCCACAGCCCCUCCCCCACCCCGAGCAAGGACCGGAUGGAGGCCCCGCCCGGACGUCGCCCAAGGCCCAGCGGCCCCUGCGAGGGGGUGGGCGGGGCCAAAGUGCAGCUGGGGGCGUGGCCUCCCUUCCUCCCGGCCCCGCCCCCCAGGCCAAGGCCGAGCCCCUCCCCCCGCCGGGAUUGGGGGAGGGGCGGCCUCAAAGCCCCGCCCACCACUCCUCUCCCCCAGCCCCGCCCCCCAAGGAGGCCCCGCCCCCUCCGUGCCCCUCCCCCACCCCCCCGGAGCCGCCUGAGACCCCCCGGAAAGGAGGAGGAGCCAGAACGAGGGAGGAGCAGCGGGGGAUGGGCAAGGUGAAGCGCUCGAGGCUGAACCCGAACGCGAAGGAGUUCAGCCCUGGGCGGGGCCUGGCCAAGGCCCCGCCCAGCGCCGCCCCCUCCCCCACGCCCCGCCCCUCCCCCACGCUGGGGGUGCUGCCCGCAGGGGGCGGGGCAGCCCCAGGAGGGGGCGGGGCCGGGGGCGGGGCGGGGCUUUACCCGGCCCCUCCCCCCCACUACAUCUCCUACAUCCCCCAGCUCCACGUGGGCCCCGCCCCCGUCCAGCCCCCCCAGCUUUUCCCUUUCCCCGUUUCCGGCUCCGCCUCCGGAAAGUUCCGCGGGGCCAAAGGCUCGCCCCUCCCCCCCCGCCGCGAGCCCCACCCCCCGCCCGGCUCGGCCCCGCCCCCUCUGGUGGCGGCCCCGCCCCCGCCCUUCUCGUCCUUCCUGCCCUUCCCGGGACAGGCCCCGCCCCCGGCCCCGCCCACGCUGGUGCCGCCCCUCCCCCACUACCAGCAGCCCGUGUUCGCGCCGCUGCUCCCGGGCGGGGCCAGGCUCCUCCCCCCGCCCCACCAGGGCCCCGCCCACCACCACCACCCCUCCCCCCCGGCGCCGGCCCCGCCCCCCGCGGCCCCGCCCUUCGCUCCGCCCCCGCCGCCGGAAGCUCCGCCCCCUGGGACGCCGCUCUACGCCGCCGUGCACCCGCCCUUCCCCCCCCAGCUCGGCCCCUCCCCCACGGCGGGCGGGGCCGGCUCCAGCCCCGCCCCCACGGCCUCACCUGGGCAGGUAAGCGCCGGGAACGGGGGCGGGGAACGGGAGGCCACGCCCCCUUUGGGUUAA